GAUAAUGGAAUAAUCCAUGCGCCAGCCUGACACAAAAUAUCUUACAUUCGGCUCAGGAUGUGUGUAUGAGCUGAGGGCGUAGCAGGUGCAGUCAUGCAGUCGGGGCCAAACUGCAGCUCAGAGUGUGUGUCAGGAGUGUGUUACAUCCACCCGACACUCAGCAGCCAGGAGGGAUGGGACGUACUGCAGAGACUCUGCACCCUCACUACUGGGAGGGUGGUGGAGAUGCAGGGCCGUUCUCUGUCUCCAGUGCUGUGUGCUGUGGUGUGGACGCUGCUCUCCUGUGGAAUCCUGCUGGCCAUCUUCUUCCUCCUCUUCACGCUGCGCUUCAGGAACAACAGGAUCGUGAAGAUGUCCAGUCCCAACCUGAAUGUGCUGACUCUGUGUGGAAGCAUUCUGACCUACAGCAGUGGCUUCCUCUUUGCCAUUGAAGAGAGGACGCUGAUGCAGGGAGUGGGGCCCAGGGCAGUACUACAGGCCCGGAUCUGGACUCUGUGUAUCGGGACCACGCUGGUGUUUGGACCCAUCCUGGGGAAGACCUGGCGUCUGUAUCGGGUCUUCACCCAGCGCAUUCCCGACAAGAGAGUGAUCAUCAGGGACAUCCAGCUGAUGGGUCUGGUUGCGUUGCUGAUUCUGGUGGACAUUCUGGUUCUGGGCACCUGGGGCUUAGCCGACCCAAUCAAAUGUGCACGCUCGGUUGGAGCAGUGGUCAAGGUGGUGGAAGUGGACGUGUCGUACUCUCUGUCUCACCUGGACUCCUGCUCGUCCCAGUACUCAGACAUCUGGGUCAUUCUCCUCUCUAUCCUCAAGGGUAGUCUCCUCCUUUACGGGACGUACUUGGCUGGCCUGACCAGCAACGUCAGUCUGCCCCCCGUCAACCAGUCCCUGACCAUCAUGGCCGCCGUGUGUCUGGUGACGGUGUCGUCGUCGGUGGCCAUCCCGGUCUCGCGCUACCUGCAGGCCUGGCCUAAUGUGGUGUACAGCGUGGUGUCGGGAGCCAUCUUCAUCUGCACCCUGGCCAUCGACUGCCUGCUGUUUGUCCCUCAGCUGACCCAGUGGAGGCAGUUUGAGGAGGAGAUGAACCCGAACCCGAGUCAGAUGUCCAAGUACUUCAGCAGCCCCAGCAGGAGCGUGCGCUCCAUGUACAGCGAGGACGAGAUCUACUACCUGCUGGGGGAAAACACCUCCAUGAAGAGGCUCAUCAAUGAGAAGAAUGCGGUGAUCGACAGCCUGCAGGAGCAAGUGAACAACGCCAAGGACAAACUCCUCAAGCUCAUGGGCCACCCCCCCAUGGAGGGCGAGAUGGAUUCCUCCAACACCAACCUCAACUCCUGCUCCACCCAGACCACGGUGGUACAGCCCGACAUGCCCGCCACCACGCCCCCCUCGCCCGAGAGCGAGCCGUCGGUCUCCACCCUGCCCCUACCUCCGCCCAUGCCCCUGCCACUGCCGAUGCUAGCCUCACCUCCGCCGUACUUGGCUCCACCCCCUGCGCCACCCUCCGCCCUGGCACCGCCUCCUGCCUCCUCCGCAAACAACGAGCGUUCCCAUAGCAACCAAAGGAGGGCAGUGUUGCCUCCUGAGAGAUUCUCCUCUGAUGACGUGCCGUCCAAACCCCAUGUUGGUUCAAACUCUGGCCUCGGGCUCGCUACCGUGGAGGAGGUGUCGGAAACCGGUCCCGUCCCGAACCCGAACCAGGUGCCGCCGGGAUCGGCCCUCUUGUCCCCGACGAGGCCCGGAGCGGCCCGGCCAGACUCUGUCGGACCCGCGGAAGACGCCAUUGUCACGUCGCCGCCGGUGACGGGGGGUGCCUGGCAGGGCUUUGUGAGCAACGAGCAGCUGCAGGAGAUCCUGAAGGAGCUGAGCGUGGACGCCCGGGGACGUUCCGCCUCCUUCCGCUCGCCGGACCCGACCAGGAGGCCGUCGGCCGGUCAGCCGCCGGACGAGCUGUCGCCGCUCUCCCCUCGCUCGCGCCCCUGCUCGCCGUUCUACUUCCACUACCCCAGCAUCUCGCCCUACGCCAUGCGCAAGCGCCGGCCGCCCUUCUACCCCCACAGGUCCGGCCCGCACGGCGCAGCGUUGGGGCCGCCGCCGCCGCCACCCGCCGUCGUCGCCGGACGCUGCAGGAGGACAGGGCGCCCCGACCGGCAACAGUCCCAGGAGACGGGCGAGCCCACGAGCGACCCCGGCCUCGUUUUACGCGACGAGGAGGGCACCAAAGAGGCGGAGGCGGACGAGGCGGAGGAGAGGGGCGCCCGCGCGUCGCCCCGAUGGCAGCGGCGGCGGGAACGGAGGCGAGAGCGACGGCGUCGGACGCCCGCUCCCCGCCGGUGCUCCAUCACGCCGUACUCGGGCCAGACGGCCCCCAGACUCGCGCCCUCCGACCCGGAAGGAGUCGGCAGGAGGAACCAGGAAGUGGAGCUCGGGAGCGCGGACCCGUACGGCUACUUGGACUCGGACUCGGACAGCAGCUCGGAGGAGGACUACUGCUACUACCACCGGCCCUACUGCGACUCCUGCAGGCAGGGCAGCUACGCGUCGUCCUCCGACAGCACGUCCGAGACCUCGGACAGCGAGUACGGCGCCGUCUUCGACCUCUGCCACGCCACGCACCCCGUGGUCAACUUCAACGAGGACCUCAAACCCACGUUUGUCUGAGUGUGUGUGUUUUUGUAAGCGUGUGUGUGUGUGUGUGUACAUGUACGUGUUCCAUCCUGUGGUCAAAUUCAAUGAGGACCUCAAACCCACAUUUGUCUGAGUGUGUGUGUUUGUGUAUUUUGUUUGUGUAUGUGAGAGUGAGUGUGUGUGUGUUUGAACAUUGAGCAUGAAUACAGAUUGACCCAGCAGUAAAGGUGAAUGCUCUAAAUAAAUGAAUUUAAACAUAAAUGCACUCCACUAACAUAUGGACAGUGGUGCAGCACAGACCACUAUGUUCCUAACAAUGUCUGUGUAGGUAAGCAUCAUAUGCUUUGUGCUUUCAUGAUUUUCAUGUUGUAUUAGUGUUAUUUCACUGCUGGGUUUCAGUCUAUCUGACAUGUUGUCGUCCAGAGGUGGACAUCCCGGUUCCAGAAAGUAAAAGUCCUGCCAUCGGUAUGUUCUUUCUACCUGUGCACUUAACACAGGUAAUAUCACUAAUUAUCUGAUCUACCUGGCAGCUAAUUAGGACGAGCUGGUUUACUAAAUCGUUGGAUCAAAUACUUGGCAGGACUUCUACUUUCUGAAUCCGGGAUGUCCGCCUCUUUUGUCAUCUUAGUUGAAGUUAGUUAUCUACCGAGAAGUGUAUAGAAAAAUGUCACACUGAUGGAGCUAAGCUGUUACGUGACUUUACCCUCUUCACCUGCCAGGGGUGUGUUAGCUAAAUGAA